AUGAAGCUCUUUAGUGUCGGCGUCAGACACAGAUAUCCAGUUCGCCCGAACCCUGACCGCGUCAGAGGUUGCGGCGCCGUGCAGACAUGGAACCAGGAACCCACCAGGACGGAGGUGAACCCUGGGGGCAACGUGGUCCUCGCCUGCAAGAUCUACAACAAACAGGGGAGCUGUUCCUGGCAAAAGGAUGGCAAGCCCCAGGGCAUGUUCAGCGGGAAGUACGAGUGGUCCGGAGACCGCGAGGCCGGGGACUGCUCCAUCAGGAUCUUCGACGCCAGCGAGGUGGACGACGGCGACUGGGAGUGCCAGGUGACCGCCUCCUCCUUCACGGCCCACGACGCCCUCACCUCCAGGAUAGCCGAGCUCGUCGUCAGAGUGGCCCCCAACCGCCCCCAGAUGGAGGUGGAGACGCUGCAGGUGGCGUCGGGCCAGAACUUCACCGUGCAGGAGGAGCGCACCGGCAAGAUCAAGUGCAUCUCCCGCUUCGGCAACCCUCCGGCGGAGAUUAAGUGGUUCAUCGGUGAGGAGGAGCUGCCCGCCGAGGAGUACGAGCAGACCAACGUGACGGAGGCCGAGCGGAGCAAGACGUGGAUGGCGGUGUCCUCGCUGGAGCACACCUACCACAAGGAGGACCACGGCCUCCCGCUGCGGUGCGUCGCCGUCCACCAGGCCUACCGCACCAAGUCCGAGUCCGUCGAGGUCAUUCUCGACGUCCAGUACGCCCCCACCGUGACCCUGGAGGGCGCCCCGUCGGGCGACAUCGAGGAGGGCGUGGACGACGUGACUCUGCGGUGUCUGGUGGACGCCAACCCGGCCGCCAAGGUGGUGUGGCGCGUCCUGGGCGAGACGGACGUGUUCAGCUUCCUCCCAGAGGUGAAGUUCAGCCCCGCGUCCCGCAGACACUCCGCCACGUACACCUGCGAGGGAAGGAACUCCGUCGGCGCCUCCGACCCCAUCUCCGUCAAGAUCGAUGUCAAGUAUGGUCCUCGAGUGUUGCAGGUGGGCCCGGCUCCUGUCAUGACGGUGGCGCUGCACAACCACACCCUCCUCGAGUGUCUGGCGGAGGGAACCCCGCCCCCCAAGUACACCUGGAGACAGACGGUGCCUGACACGCAGGAGGUGCUCGUGCGCGGCACCAACUCGACACUGCUGCUGGAGGACGUGACGUACGAGCACCAGGGCCAGUACGAGUGCGUCGUCGCCAACACCAUCAAAGGCGAGGAGAUCGAGGAGAUAAGCAUGCCCAUCACACUCGAAGUCGUUGAUGGUGCUUAUAGGAGGGCAAGACGGGUGCGCGCUCGAGCAAGUAGUGAGGGGAAGAGUGAGCGGGACCAGAGUAAUGAGACAUACAUGAGUGCCUGCAUGUGCAAGCUCUUGUGUGCGCCAUCACCUAUGUCCCGCCAGCUGUCUGGACAAGGUGGCGUGUACGCAGACAUAGAGCGAGGUGUCUCCCCGCUGCCUCCAGCCAGACUGAAGUUCCAGGAAGAUGGGAACGUUGGUCGAGAGGAGGAAGAAUUUGAACGACAAGACGGUUUCUACGCGAAAAUAAAUCCUGCAACUGUAAUACCGAAUGAUAAAUCUCCAGCGAGGAACUGCGGCCUCUCCCGGGGCGGCGCGGCGGCCUCUCCCCUCCAGCAGGCGGAGACGCGCUAUUCCCCCGGAUCCCUUCGUCAGCUCUUCCCGAAGGAGAUUCCCGAGGGCAUUCGAACACUUCUAGAAGCUCGCCAUAAAUGCGCUUGGUCGGAGCAUCGCUUUGAACGAGGGCUUGCCUGUCCUCUGUCCCGGGCGGGGACUUCAGUGUUCAAAGUUUAUGCUCGCUCAAUUUUGAAGUUUCUUCAAAAGUUCAAGAACAUUCUCCGUACGCGGUCCAUCUCCAUGGACAUCGGUGCUCCCCAGGUCCUGAGAUACACCGUGGAGCGCAACGUGCAGGUGGAGAAGGGGGAAGACGCCCUCAUCCAGGUGAUGUUCUGCUCCGACCCGCGGCCGCUGCGCACCACCUGGGAGUGGGGCUCCCUGCAGCUGGAGGCGGGCAACGACAAGGGCCGCUACGUCGCCGAAAACUUGGCACAGCAGGACACGCGCCAGGACUGCUACGCGGCGAGGCUGAGGGUGCAGCACGCGGACGUGGCCGACGCCCGCGACUACAUCCUGAACGUGGAGAACGACAAGGGGAAGGACCGCUACGCCGUGGGUCUCAAAGUGAACGGACAUGUAGACAAGCCCCCACUACAGCGUGUCCCUCCUUCAGCAGAACCCGUGUCCAUGUCCACCGUGAUCGGCAUCGUCAUCGCUUGCCUCGUCGUGCUCGUGAUCGUCACCCUCUUCGUCCUCUACGCCUUCAAGACCGAGAAGUGGUGUUUCUCCCAGCGAGGAGAUUUCAAGCCCACAGACCUGGAAAGUGAUAAGAGCGACAUUGAGAGCCAGAAGGGAAAUAAUGAUAAUGCCAACACAAAUGGAAACACAAAACUUGUGCCAGGAAACGAGAAGCAGCAGCAGUUGCAGCAGCCGCAGCAGCAAUCCGGAGAGAAGAGAUGAGCUUAACACAGCCCUCGGAGAGCCCGGAGAGAGCAGG